AGUAGAAGUCGCAUGUGCCCCGCUGCAUGUCAUGUUCUAGGCUGCAGCGCCUGGCACCGGUACGCGGCGAGCAAUGUCUCCAGUGAACUGUGAUGGAGGAUCAGUGAUGCGAAACGGUCACCAGAGGCAUAGGCCAGGGAGAGUAGAAUGCACUUGCUGGUACAAAAAAGGUGCUCCAGCCUUGUCUAAUACUAGCAGUGUCGAGACACCCGAGCUCUCCUUCCUAGCUUUCACUUUUCAGUUCAAACUGCCAGUUAUUCCAAUUUCCUUCAUCUCACUUACCAAGAGAACUUCUUACAAGUAGAGCUUUUCCUGUUUCCCCUUUGCGUUGAACAAUGGCACAACAGUCGCAAGCUAUCCAGCAGCUGCUCGACGCCGAAAAGAAAGCCAGUGAGAUUGUUGACGCGGCCAGGAAACGCAAAACACGCCGUCUCAAACAGGCACGUAGCGAGGCAGCAGAGGAGAUCGAGCACUGCCGCAGAGACAAAGAGGUCGAGUUUAGCCGUGUCCAAGUUGAGCAACGCGGCUCCGGUGACGUGUUCCAGAAUCAAAUUCGCCGCGAGACCGAGCUGGAGCUCACUGUUCUUCAGCGAGAGGUACAAACAAACAAGCAGGCUGUUGUCGAGCGUCUUCUACUGCUCUGCACCAGUGUUGAGCCACGGUUGCAUCAGAACCUGCAGCUCUAAGUGCUGCAAGUCGGUCACUUGGCAGCAUGCCGUCUUCAGUCCGUUCGGGUGCCCCUCUGUUAUAAAGUGUUGUUUUAGACCGUGCACGUGCUGUGCUGUGUGUGUGUGUGUGUGUGUGUGUGUGUGUGUGUGUGUGUGUGUGUGUGUGCGCGGCAGUAUGGUGUGGCGUGGUAGAGUGUGCUGGUGAUAUGUGCACCGGGCUACGUUUGUCGGAGCGCAUCUUGCACAAAUUAUGCCGAGCCGUGAUUACAGCCGUCUAGAACUCCAGGCCGUCACCUUGUCAGCCGGACAUGCUUAGGCAGUAGUUCUGCUGAAUUUUCUCCUUCGCUAUUCUUAUUGCCCGCUUUUAUUUUGUUUUUUAAAUUCUGCUGUGAUGCAAUUGGUAGCGUGCUGGCUCCAGCCUCUGACUAUUGCUUGUGCAUUUGGUGCUAAGUUAUGUGCUUCAAGGCUGCAAUGCUAUUUUGCACUCAAAAUCAUUGUAUCGCAGUGAUGUAGAGUGGAUGUUUUCUAAUUCCUAAAGUCUUUGCUACA